GAUAUUCACUGGAAUCAUGCCUAAACAAAUCCAAGAAAUCAAGGACUUUCUGCUCACAGCCAGAAGGAAGGAUGCAAAAUCUGUCAAGAUCAAGAAGAACAAAGACAAUGUCAAAUUCAAGGUGCGAUGCAGCAGAUACCUCCACACACUGGUGAUCCAGGACCGAGAGAAGGCAGAGAAGCUGAGACAGUCAUUGCCACCAGGUCUGGCAGUCAAAGAGCUUAAGUGA